AUGGCUAAUGCAUUCUUCCCCUUCACACCGUUUGAUUUCGGUGUCCUAGGUGGUUUGACCCCCCAGCUUGAAGAUUAUGAGAAAGAUCAGGAAGUGGCCUUCAAAGUGAAACCAGGGCAUUUGUUUGCCAUAGAAGAAUUGGGGUUGGGAGAGGUGGAUAGUGCUCUUUCUUCUGAACAUGGUUUCUAUCAAGAAGACUGUAAGGCCAAUAAAGGAGGACUAUCAUCCCAUUUCUCCAAAGAUCCCAAGCCAACUUAUGCACUUUCGGAUAAUUUCAACUUUGAUAUCGUUUCUUCUGAACAUGGUUUCCACCAAUCUAACAAGUCCGAGAAAGGACUAGCUCAUUUGUCCGAAGAUCAAGACCACCGCCAUUACCAACAACACCACCAUUACCAGCAGCAACAACCCAAGUCAAAUUUGGAUAAUUUCAACUUUGAUUUUGCCUUCCCACCAGCACAACCAAUCCAGGAUGGCACUCACCAGCUUACAUACAACCAAUUCGGAGGCUCAGACAUUGCAGAAACCAACAAACACUUGCCCCAUCAAUCUUCCUUAGCAGUAUUGGAGCUCCUCAACAGCUAUGGUAGCGCGUUCAAGAAGUUGAGGGGAGAAAGAACAAGCAGCGACACAGGAAAUGAAGCUGAAGCCUCCUCCUAUGUGGGACCGCAAAAAUUGUCAACCGAAGAGAUCAUGAGGGUUGCUGGAGCAAGGUAUGUGCAAUUCUCUAAUCAGGGGUAUGGUGACUUUUACCCUCUGCACCCUUUUGGCUACGCUCUUACGGGUCUGUCCGAAGAAGAAACAAAGGAUGCGGAACUUGCUCACAUACUUUUAGCUGCAGCAGAGAAGGUAGGCUACCAACAAUUUGAACGCGCAAACAGACUGCUUCUUCGUUGUGAAUGGAUUGCAUCCUUCAAAGGCAACCCUAUUCAGAGGGUCGUCUUCUACUUUGCUGAGGCACUUCGGGAGAGGAUCGAAAGAGAAACAGGAAGCAUCCCAUCUAAGGCAGAAGAAAUGUCUAUAUCUGGUCAUGGACUGAGCACAAACCUCACAUACCUUGCAUACCACCAAGAAGUCCCUUUCCAUUCCGUAAUGCAGUUCACUGGGAUCCAAGCCAUAAUCGAAAGUGUUGCCUUGGGGAGUAAGGUUCAUUUGAUAGAUCUCGAGAUCAGGAGUGGAGUGCAAUGGACAGGGCUGAUGGAAUCACUUGCAGAACGAGAGGAAUGUCCAGUUGAGCUUCUCACAAUAACUGCUGUGGGAGUAGCAGGCAAGCAGAAGAUAGAGGAGACAGGAAAGAGGCUAACAAGCGUUGCCGAGUCCCUGAACAUACCCUUUCAGUUUAAGGCAGUGAUUAUUUCAGCCAUGGAAGAUAUCAAAGACCAACUGUUUGAUGUUGAAGAUGAUGAAGCCGUGGCUGUAUACGCACCGUUAAUACUGAGGACAAUGAUUUCAAGGCCUAGUUGCUUGGAAAAUUUGAUGAGGGUGAUGAGAAAUCUCACCCCUUGUAUAAUGGUGGUGAUUGAAGUGGAAGCUAACCACAACUCACCGUCAUUUGUGAACCGCUUCAUCGAUGCGCUGUUUUAUUACAGUGCGUUUUUCGACUGCCUUGAGACUUGCAUGAAACAGGAGUAUAGAGUGCUGACGGAAGACUUGUUCCGGGAGGGCAUCCGAAACAUUGUAGCGGCAGAGGGGAGUGAAAGGGUUGCUCGAAGUGUGAAAAUGGAUGUGUGGAGAGCCUUCUUUGCAAGGUUCGGAAUGGUGGAAAUGAACUUUAGUAAUGCAUCUUUGUAUCAAGCUAGUUUAGUGGCUAAAAGGUUUGGUUGUCCUUCUUGCACACUUGAUAGGAAUGGCAAAUGUCUCAUUGUUGGGUGGAAGGGAACCCCAAUUCAUUCCGUUUCAGCUUGGAAGUUCCGUUGA